AGGAUUAUGAUUCAUUCCACGCUUUUUGUUCGGAAAAGUGCAAAUAUUUUAGUCUCUCCAUUUCAUUUAGUGAUAACCUUAGUUUAAUCAGUAUUAAAAGAUUUUCAAAACGCGCAAUCAACUCCACUGUAAUCUAUUAAGUGCAAUUUAAACAAUUUAACCAGUUCCAACUUUAAUUUAUCGGUGCUUUGCUGGCAAAUCUUCGUUCCAACCUCCGUAUCGGUCUAAUUAGUGUGCCAAUUUGCAAGAAUAUUGACCUCUCCACUAUAGCACAGCCGUAAAAUUUGCUUCAUGGCCAUGGCCGACUCCGGCAUCGAAACUGCGGCCCCACCUGAUUGGCUCGAGAAACUCGAGACCCGGCGUGAAAAAAUCAAAGGAAAACUUGGCCAUGAAAGCGGAAACGGUGCUCCUUGCGUCGUUUGCGGUUCCAAGUGUCCCGGUUUGGAUCUCCACUUUUGGCGCAAGGUCUGUCGCAACUGCAAAUGUCGAAAGGAACAGCACGACUGCAAAGAUGACGACGUGACCGGAUGGGCCCAGUUUGAGAUCCUUGGAGCGAUCCGUUCGAAGCCAGCAUACAUAAAAAUCUCCGAGUUGACCGAUAAGCCCGUGCAGCUUGACUGGAUUCCUCCGAACGUGUCGCCGGAAGUGGCCGCCGAUUACAUGACCCAGCUGGGUCAGCAGAACAUUCCAAUAGCAGGUAGCGAUGCCGCCGAGAAGCGCAAACAGCAGCUCGAGUACCAGGUUCCACCGCACGAUCUAGACGCAAGUCUGUGCCACAAUCUGUCCGAGAACGAGGCGGCCCAACUGGUGCAGUACGUGGAGAAGAUCAAGAAGAACUGCGUGGGACAGGGCAAUGUAGUCCGUAUCGGGGACACGAUCAAACACCUGCCGGCUUCGGCUAAGGGAAUGAUGCUGCCACCGGCUCCACCAGCGGACUCGGUUCAGCGGGACAGAAUUGUUCAGCAGUUGAUCAACUCUGAACCAAUCAAAUCUAUUCUUGCUGGAAGCUCGGCCUUCGCCGGUCAACCUUUGGCACUCCUCAAGGAACCAUUGGAACCGGAUUUCAUGGGUUCUCCUGCGCUGUCCGACAAAACCAAGUACAAAAUGAAACUGAUGAAGGUAAACUCAGAUGUGAUAAAGGCAGCUGUUCGCUACGGACCCGAAGUUGACACGAUCCUCAACGCACUCAAAUCCAAAGGCGUUAAGUUUCACGAUCACUGCAGUCUUCUAGGCCCGCUGGAUGCUUUCCGUAAAGAAUACCUUGGAAAUCCCAAAUUCCAAGCUGAAAUCGACAAGUUCCUUGCGCUACAGUCGACACCGGUUGAUCUCCGUGAAGCCAGCAUGCGAUCGUCGGCGGAUGAAAAGUUCAAUUCUCCACUACCGCUAAGAAACUUUGCCCGUCACGAUCACUUGCAGUACCAGGAGACGCCGGUUCGUAAGCUUAAAUUUGACCAGCAACAAGUCACUCCUCAGUUAUCGAUCCAAUGCAUGGCAGCGCUACAGAAGGACAAGGUGCUGGCCGAUAUCCUGAACUCGGAACCACUCAAAACCAUUCUUCACGCGCCGGUUUACGGGUCAGCGUUGAUCAUUUCACGCAAAGCCAUGUUUCCAGAUUUCAUUAGCAGUCCGUUUCUGUCACCGGCGUCUAAGGCACGCCUCGAGCGCAUGAAGAUCAACACCCAAACCAUACAGAGUGCCGUGCUGAACGGUCCGUACUAUGACGAACUGCUCUCGAAGCUGUCCGGUGCCGGCAUUAACUACGCGCAAGAUGCAGUCUUGCAACCGAUUGACGAUUUCCGGGAUGAGUUUCUCAGCUACGAUAGCGAUAAUGAUUUCCAGAAAGAGAUAAUUGAUUUCGUUAAAAACUCGGACCUAUCUACCUUCAAUGUGUCACCGGAUCAAGUCCCAGAAAUUGCCGAAAACCGAAAGGCAGCCCAAAAUUCCAACCAACUACUGUCGGAGAUUUUGUCCAACCCAAGCGUACAAGACGCGCUAAAACCAGGAUCCAAACCUGGCCAAGCUGUACAGAUCUCCAACAACCCGAUGGUGUGCGAUAUACUUCAUCAGGACAAGAUUCCGCAGCCAGUUCUUCAAAAGCUGGCCAAAAUCAACAUUGACAACGAAGCGAUCGAAAGCGCCGUGGUCUGCGGACCAAUCUACGACAAGCUGAUCCACCAGUUGAACAAGAACCGUAUCAACUAUGCUGCCGAUUCCGUGCUGGGUCCGAUUGCGCAGUUCCGAGCAGAGUAUCUCAACGAUGACAACUUCAGAAAAGAGCUGGCACGCUACGUCACAAAUCCUGAACCGUGUCUCUUUGAAUCUGCCACCAUUGAAGAACUCCCUCCGGAUGAUCAGCAACUGGCGAAGCCUUUCUCCGGAAUGCACAUUUCCCACAGCGAUGACUCUGGAUUUGGAUCGGUACCUCCCACGCCAAACUACUCCACUUAUCCGGGAGUGCUGAGUGCGGAACUCAACGCCCGUGAGGGUGUGCUCGCUUCGAUUCCGGCAAUCGAAGAUAUGAACAUGUAUCCGGAAGUGCGCCCAAGCCCAACAAAACCCCCCUUCUCCAAGGAAGUCGGAUCUACGUACAUUCCCAACACAACACCACAAAACAUCAACCAAACUCCUCCGGAACCGGUCGUGUGCAGCGGAUGUCAGCAGAGCAUCAACGUCGGUGAAGUAGCCGUCAAGGCCGAACGGGCCGAGAAAUCCGGCAAGAGUGCGGCCUGGCAUCCGCAGUGCUUCAAAUGUGAAGAUUGUAAAGAGUUGCUCGCCGAUCUUGUGUACUUUUACCACGGCGGAAAGGUCUACUGCGCACGUGACUUGGCCAACAUGCUCAAGAUUCCGCGCUGUUCGGCCUGCGACGAGCUAAUCUUCACCAAGGAGUACACCGCGGCCGAGGGAUCCACGUUUCACAUUAAACAUUUCUGCUGCUAUCAUUGUGACGCCCCGCUGGCCGGCCAGCAGUACAUUCCGGACGAAAAGUCAAACAUGCCGCUCUGUCUAACCUGUUACGAUACGUUCUUUGCCAAGUCGUGCCACAACUGCGGCGGAAUAAUCGGUCCGGCGGAACAGGGCGUCGCCUGGGGCAAUAUCCACUGGCAUGGGCCGUGUUUCUUGUGCUGCGGAAAAGGAUGCGGGAAAUCACUGAUCGGGGGGAGAUUCUGCGUGCGAAACGAAAUGCCUUUCUGCAGUCCGCAGUGUUUGAAAAGUGUUAUUCAGUAAAUUGUGUGCUUUUGAUAGUGCUACUAUUUUAAACAUACAUGCAUUUUAAACUAUAAGGCACCUAGUGCAAACAAACGUACAUUUCUAUUCAACGCAUUUGAAAAAAAAACGCACAAAUACAAACAGAACAGGUAAAAAUAAGUGCCACAAAAAAACAUACAUGAUUUUACAGAACUUAUACCGACUUUUACAACAUUAUAUUUGUACUACAAUUGCGAAAUAUAUAAACAUGCCUAGAAAAUAA